AUGCGCUCCCGCAUCCCAAACAUCCUCAAGCCCUGGGGAAGGCAGGAGACCCAGGGCGAUACGCCCGUCGUGCGGCGCAACCGAAACCAGCUGCCGAUGCUGCAUCUCGCCGAUACGACGCGCAACAAUUUAAUCGCUAUGACCGGCGAGUUCGUCGGCACGUUUCUGUUCCUGUUCUUCUCGUUUGCCGGCACCCAAGUCGCGAAUACGCCGAAACCGGUCGAGGGGGCGCCGCCGAAUACCGAUGCACUGCUGUACUCGGCGCUGGCGUUUGGUUUCUCGCUUAUGGUGAACAUCUGGGCGUUUUACCGGGUGACGGGGCUGCUGUUCAAUCCCGCUGUAACCCUAGCCCUCUGUCUCGUUGGGGGGAUGCCCGCCUACCGCGGGCUGUUCGUCUUUGCCGCUCAGAUCGUCGGGGGCAUUGCGGCGGCCGGCGUAGUCAGCGCCUUGUUCCCGGGGGAUCUCAAUGUCUCGACGAGACUGGGAGGAGGCGCAUCCAUAUCGCAGGGUUUGUUCAUCGAAAUGUUCCUGACCGCGCAGCUCGUCUUUGUCAUCAUCAUGCUGGCGGUCGUCAAGCACAAAGGGACCUUUCUUGCACCGGUUGCUAUCGGAAUCGCUUUCUUCGUGACGGAGAUGAUCGGCGACUACUACACCGGGGGCUCGCUGAACCCCGCGCGGUCUCUCGGACCGGACGUGAUCAACCGCAGCUUCCCGGGUUAUCAUUGGAUUUACUGGGUCGGCCCGCUACUCGGAUCGCUGCUGGCCUGUGGUUUCUAUUACUUCCUGACCUUCUUCUCGUAUGAGAGCGUCAACCCGGGCCAGGACUUCAAUGAGUGGGAGGCGAAAUGGGGUCCGGGACCGACCUCGUGGGAUUCGUCCAUGCGCCAGCAUUCGCACUCGGAUACGACCACGCUGAAUCGCGGGAUGUCGCCACGAGACAGUCGGGCCGCUAGAAACGGGAAUGGGGAUUGGAACGGUGCCCAUGGUGCGCACGUUCCUCCGCCGCCGGGAGAAGAGCAGGUGUAG